GAGGCCGCACCGGAGGACUUUCUGCAAAAGGGAGUGGUGAAGGUGUCCCAAGGCCGCAGCGGCGAGCCCUCCGAGAUGGCGCCAGGCCCCUGGAGCAGCGGAAUCUGGAAAGCAAAUGUUAACCAGGCAGCAGUGAAAAGGCUCCCUUGAUGGCUUCUCCACCGUCUCCUCCAUUUGGUGAAGGGAAAAGACCAGCCAUGCGGCCAGCUCAGAGUCUGGUGUCCUUCGAAGAGGUGGCUGUGCGUUUCACCCGGGGGGAGUGGAGCCUGCUGCGGCCGGCCCAGAGAGCCCUGUACAAGGAAGUCAUGCUGGAGAACUUUGGGAUCGUGGCCUCUCUGGGACCUCAAGUUGCCAAACCUGAACUCAUAUCCCGGCUGGAAGAGGAGGAAUUGCUGUUUCUCCCAGGCUCAGAUGAAGAGGAGGAAUUGGUGGCAGGAGGCGUGUGGGAGUCAGCAAAUGACACAAAAGAAUAUCCAGUGAUGGAGAAAGAGGAAAUGUAUUCAGAUGGAAAAGAAAAAACUGAAUAUUGUGAUGAACUGAAGGAGGAAGGAAAAGAUCCUUAUGAAGUGGGAAAUUAUUCCAGUCUAUUAGAGUUGAGUGACUCUAUACAGGAAAACCUAUACCCAGGCACUAUGAACAGGAAUGAGCUUACUGCAAGCAGGGAAAAAAUCCCCAACAAAUCAGAUAUUAAUAUUGAAUGGAGCACAUGUAACAAAAAGAAAAUAUUUCAGUUCCUGGAGGGUGGGAAAAGCUCCAGCUGGAGUGAUAACCUUACUUCCCAUCAAAGAAUUCACUCAGGGGAGAAACCAUACAAAUGCCUGGAGUGUGGGAAAAGUUUCAGUCAGCGUAGAAUCCUUUCUUCUCAUCAAAGGAGUCACACAGGGGAGAAACCCUAUAAGUGCCUGGAGUGUGGGGAAAGCUUCCAUUGGAGUUCAGGCCUUACCUCACAUAAAAGCGUUCACAGUAGGGAGAAACCAUAUCAAUGCCAGGAGUGUGGAAAAGGUUUCACUUGGGGUUAUAAUCUUUCUUCCCACCAAAGAGUUCACAGAGGUGUGAAACCAUAUACAUGCCUGGAGUGUGGGAAAAGCUUUUAUUGGAGUUCAGGCCUUACCAUUCAUAAAAGGGUUCAUACUGGGGAGAAACCCUAUAAAUGCCUGGAGUGUGGGAAAAGCUUCCGUACGAGUUCAGACCUUGCAUCACAUGAAAGGAUUCACACUGGGGAGAAACCAUAUAGAUGCCUGGAGUGUGGGAAAAGCUUCAGUCGGAGUGGAAAUCUUACUUUCCAUCAAAUAAUUCACUCAGGGGAGAAGCUGUAUAAAUGCCUUGAGUGUGGGAAAAGUUUCAGUCACCGUAGAAUCCUUUCUUCUCAUCAAAAGAUUCACACAGGGGAGAAACCCUAUACAUGCCUGGAGUGUGGGAAAAGUUUCAGUGACCGUAGAAGACUUUCAUCUCAUCAAAGGAUUCACACAGGGGAGAAACCUUAUACAUGCAUGGAGUGUGGGAAAAAUUUCAUUCACCGUAGAAGCCUUUCUUCUCAUCAAAGGAUUCACACAGGGGAGAAACCCUAUAAAUGCCUGGAAUGUGGGAAAAGCUUCAGUCGGGGUGACAACCUUUCUUCCCACCAAAGACUUCACAGAGGUGUGAAACCAUAUACAUGCCUGGAGUGUGGGAAAAGCUUCCAUUGGAGUUCAGGGCUUACCUCACAUAAAAGGGUUCACACUGGGGAGAAACCAUAUAAAUGCCUGGAGUGUGGGAAAAGCUUCAGUCGGAGUGGAAAUCUUACUUUCCAUCAAAUAAUUCACUCAGGGGAGAAGCUGUAUAAAUGCCUUGAGUGUGGGAAAAGUUUCAGUCACCGUAGAAUCCUUUCUUCUCAUCAAAAGAUUCACACAGGAGAGAAACCCUAUACAUGCAUGGAGUGUGGCAAAAGUUUCAGUGACCGUAGAAGCCUUUCAUCUCAUCAAAGGAUUCACACAGGGGAGAAACCCUAUACAUGCAUGGAGUGUGGCAAAAGUUUUGGUGACUGUAGAAGCCUUUCUUCUCAUCAAAGGAUUCACACAGGGGAGAAACCCUAUACAUGCAUGGAGUGUGGGAAAAAUUUCAUUCACCGUAGAAGCCUUUCUUCUCAUCAAAGGAUUCACACAGGGGAGAAACCCUAUAAAUGCCUGGAAUGUGGGAAAAGCUUCAGUCGGGGUGACAACCUUUCUUCCCACCAAAGACUUCACAGAGGUGUGAAACCAUAUACAUGCCUGGAGUGUGGGAAAAGCUUCCAUUGGAGUUCAGGCCUUACCUCACAUAAAAGGGUUCACACUGGGGAGAAACCAUAUAAAUGCCUGGAGUGUGGAAAAGGUUUCAGUCAGAGUUCACAACUUAAUGUUCAUCAAAGAAUUCACUCAGGGGAGAAACCCUAUAAAUGCCUGGAGUGUGGGAAAAGCUUCCGUUCGAGUUCAGACCUUACCUCACAUCAAAGGGUUCACACUGGGGAGAAACCCUACAAAUGCUUCGAGUGUGGGAAAAGCUUUUCUUGGCGUGAUAACCUUACUUCCCAUCAAAGAAGACACUUAGGGGUGAAACCAUAUAAAUGCUUCUAGUGUAGGAAAAGUUUUUCUCGGAGUGAAAAGCUUACUUCCCAUCAAAGAAUUCACUUGGGAGAAGACCUAUAAAUGCUUGGAGUGUGGGAAAAACACUCAGAGUGGCGGUAUUGCUGUCCAUUAAAGGAUUCACACUGGAAAGAAACCUUAUAAAUGCCUGGAGUGUGAGAAAAGCUUCCAUUCAAGUUCUAUCCUUAUCUUACAUGAAAGGAUUCACACUGGGGAGAAACCCUACAAAUGCCUGGAGUGUGGAAAAGGUUCAGUUGGAGUGAUAAACUUACUUCCCAUCAAAGAAGUCACUUAGGGGUGAAACCAUAUAAAUGCUUCAAGUGUGGGAAAAGUUUUUCUUGGAGUGAUAAGCUUACUUCCCAUCAAAGAAUUCACUCGGGAGAAGACAUAUAAAUGCUUGGAGUGUGGGAAAAACACUCAGAGUGGAGGUCUUGCUGUCCAUUAAAGGAUUCACACUGGAACGAAACCUUAUAAAUGCCUGGAGUGUGGGAAAUGCUUCCGUUCAAGUUCAGUGUUAUAUCUGACUGUACCCAUUCAUCCAUGCCAAUAUUAAUUCUGAUGGUUAUGUUCUAAUGCCAGUUACUUUGAUGCUUGAGUGUCAGUUAAGGUCAAUAUUGUCAUAAGCCUGGAGUGUUUCAGUUUCCUAUUACUAAUAUUCUAGUGGAUUCUCACACAGGCAGGUGGCUGCCUAUUUACAACUUUGAACUUUAGACUACGAUGUGUCUUUCCUCUUUGUAGCAUGAUAACAUAAAUAUGCAAACUGUUCUCACACAGAAAGAACAACAAUGUAUGUUUGGGCAUUAGGAGGGGGAAGGAAAGUCGGGUAGAAAAGAGAAGUGUAUUGCCCAUGUGGUCAUUCUCGUCAAACAUCUAUGCAAACUACUUAGAUGCUUACCUUACUUCUAAGUAGACCUUUGGAUCUGAAUAUAUAAAACUGACUGAUUUCUGAAUAAAAGUCAUUUAACCAAG